GGAUACAUUUGCGGUGCGCCAUUUGCUGAUGCUCAUAAAUGAGAAGGGGGAGCUGAGGGGUGGAUUGCGCGAUUAUUUCAGUGGUUUUUCUUUUUUUCAAAGCUCAAGAGCGGCUGAACAAUGAGUAACUCUCAUGUUAAAGACUCGAAGGACUCAAAGUUUGACAUAGGCCUGGUAUUGGCCAGUUUCAAGAAAUGUGGAGAGGACACAGGUGGAAGCCUCACCAUGGAUGACUACAUUGCUGGAUAUGUCGAGCUGAACAAGUUUUUCGGUCUGCUGGGCACUGUAUUUGGUUUCGUGGGCUCCGACGUCCACCAGAAGCUGGUGCAGCUCGAGUGUCUGCGCAAGGGAGGCGCCUCGGACAGCUACGUCACCGUCGAGCGCAUGAUUCUCUACGAGAAACAGAAUGGUGUCUUUGAGUCUGACAAGGCGGGCAACGGGUGCCGCACCCUCCUCCGACUGCACCGCGCCCUUGCGUUCAUCGCCGACUUUCUGCGAGAGCUGCACGACCGCUCUGACGAGCAGAAGAUGGGCUCUGUGUGCCAGGCAUCGUACAAGCGCACGCUGGCCGUGCACCACCCGUGGCUGGUGCAGCAGGGCGCCCUCCUCGCCAUGCACAUGCUGGGCACGCGCGGAGACAUUGUCGAAAAGGCAGUCGGAGGCGACAGCAGUGACAAGGAGAAGCACAAGGACACGCUAUUGGAGUGUAUUGACGUGAUGCAGGCCGUGUACGCCGACACCCAGAAACUGUACGAGCAGCACGGCCUGCUGGAGCUGCCCUAACCGGGCCGGAGCAGCUGCCCUAACCGGACCGGAGCAGCUUCCCUAGCCGGGCCGGAGCAGUACGGGCUGCUGGAGCUGCCCUAGCCGGGCCGGCCGUCCGGUGGGACGCGUCAGACUGCUGUCAGCUGACGGGCCCGCACGCCACCCCGGAACGACGGGGAGCGGACGGUCAGCCGUGCUCAUUUGUUAUUGUGUGGGGGAGUCAUUUAUUGUGUGUCAAUUGCAGUGCAGGUGGGAUGCGUCUUGCCAUAGUCAUUUUUGUCUUCUUCAGAGUGAAGCUAGGUGUUGAAUGGUAGUUCGAAUCAUAUCUUGUGGUAUUUAUCGUAGUUUUGUGAUUCUUAUCAUGGUGUGUAAUAAUUUGAGUAGAUCUUUAUUAGCAAUGAAUGCGACCAUGUUCUAGUUGCAUCGAAUUCUGUCAAAAGCUACUUGGCCUUUUAUCAUGCAUUAGUUUAGUGAUUAUUUUUCAGUGUAAUCCACAUUCUACAUGAUUGUUUGCCUUGCCCUUGACCAAGUGUUAGUAGGCUGCUGUCCUAGACUUUGGUUUGUACUUUGUAGUAGUUUAAUCCACCGCUAAUUUUUGCGUGCUAUCGUCCGCCCCGAUCACAGCUGUUUUGAGUGAGGGCGAACUAGUCGAAAGCUUCAGUCAGCUCUAGUAUGGCUCUAUUGAAUCAGCUCUAUUGGUGCUCUAGCUUGCAUGCAUUUAAUCAAAGUGGAUCUUUAAUGUCAGCAAUUAUUUUGUUAUUGUCAUCACACGUAAAAGUAAGCUGCA